GUUUGCAGGAGUCCGUCGGAUAAUCAGAUAGGCUGCGCAGCUGAAUCCAUACAUUCAAAAAAUACUUUUCAACAUCAGUAUGAAUCAUGACCUUGUAGAAAUGUUCAGAGAGAAACUAGACAGCUUCACCAUCUCAGAUUACCAUGGCCUGAACAGUCCAGGUCUUACAUGCUAUUUGAACAGCGUGCUUCAGGUGCUUUUCAUGACCGAAGACUUCCGGGAGGCUGUGAAACGAUGCUGUUGUAAAGAUUCAACAACCAUUGACUCUCACCUGGGAAAACUGUUUGCCGAUUUACAGAAAAGUAUGGCCAAAACACAUCACGUUACAAAAAAACUGGGGAUCACGAACGUAUAUGAGCAACGUGAUGCUGCUGAGUAUUUUGAGAAGAUCUUGUGUCUGACCAGUCCGGAGGCCUCCAAGAUUUUCAAGGGAGAGCUGAAUCACAAGACCACAUGCCUAAAGUGCAAAGCGACAAAUGAUUCCAGGAGCUCUUUUUGGAUUCUGCCACUUGCGGUGAAAGAUUUGUGUCGUCAAACCUACAGCGUGGAGAAAGGGUUGAAGGCAUUCUUCAAGGCAGAAAAAGUCUGCGGGUACAACAAGAUGUACUGCAACCGGUGCAAUAAAAAGCGAGAUGCAGACUUUGGAUGUGAGAUAACACAAAAUCCAGAGAUUUUGACCCUCCUGCUGAAGAGAUUCAGCUUUGACUACAAGCGCAGGUGUUACGUCAAGAUUUACUGCAAUGUGGACGUCCCCCAAACUUUACACAUGGAGAAUUGCAAAUAUGACCUCUACGCUUUAGUUAACCACUUUGGUAAUCUAACAGGAGGUCAUUAUACUGCACAAAUCAAAUCCUUUGAAACUCAGUUGUGGUAUCACUUCAAUGAUGACAUUGUUGAGGGGGUCAAACAACCACUAUUUGGGGCUGGAGACAAGUCUUUGAGGUCUUGUACAGCUUACCUCCUCAUGUACAGGAAGGUGAGCAGACAUCCUGAAAAAACUGAUGAUGUCGACCAGGAAGCUUGCAGCGCACAUUCAGAUGUCGAAGCUGAAGGAAGACAUGGCGAGGCAGAGAGAGGAGAAGCUCUUGAUCCUCUUCAUCAACUGAAAGAUGAAAGCUGCAACGGAGGGGAGAACUUGAUGCACUUGAAUGGUGAUAUCUUAAAGAAGGGCUAUGAUGAUAUGGUUUUGAAGAAGACAGACUUUACGGGAGAACUUGAAAAUCAGCUAGAGAACCAGAGAAUGGCGAGUGUGCGGCCACACAAAGAGAUGUUGCUUCAAACAGACACUGGAGCAGAUGGAGACAGUUACAAACCAUGUUUGAAAACACAAAAGUCAAAUUUUGCAAAGCUACAAAAAGAUGGAGGACAAAAAAGUCAUGAGCUAAACAGACAUCAGCUUAAUAUAAACUCAAAGGAGCAAUUGUGUCAUCUUAACACUAGAGGGACCCCCACAGUACAUUUGAGAACACACAAUGCAGACCAUAAGUUAGAGCAAAGCCAUGAAUCCCAAAAGAAAAGACUAAAGGUGAAUGAUCCUGCCGGGGAAACGCAGAUCAAUACUGUUGCAAAGACUGGAACAAAAACAAUUGGUGUAACUGAUAUUAGCCUUACAAUAAAUAGUGUCAAACCUGCAGCUGUGAAAAACAAAAGGGAGGCCGCAGCAGAGGAGAGGAAGAGAAUAGAAGGAAAAAGUAUUAAACAGAGAGGAGAGGAUGGUGUCAGUGCAAAUAUGUAUGAUUCUGAUGUAAAGUCAUUUAAUCAUUUCUCCAAUGGCUACUCUUCUUCUUCAGUACCAUACUUGACAGGACACUUGCAGAGUCCAUUUAACAUGUAUUACACUGGGUGUAACUAUUCAUCAAACAUAUGCAGAAAAUCAAACAGUUCAAAGAGAGAGAAGGAGAAAAUGCAGCAUGUUGUGGCUGCACACGGCAUCUGCAAACUGGAGACCACACGAACUGUGACAAAGGGAGAACAAACUGCAAGUUCUGGAGAGAAACGAGAAGCUGCGAAGAGAAGAGACAAAAUAAACAAAGAGCUGUGGAGGUGAUGAAAUGAUAAUAUCUGUAUCUUCAAGUGAUACGUGUGUUUUGUCACUUAGAAUAGCUUAUGUUUUGUUAUGUUUAUGCUUUUUAAAUGUGACUCACAUUGAAAAUAUUGUUUGAUUCCAUCUUUAGAAAGACUUAUGCAAUCCUAAUUCUUUUCACACUGUUGGCCGUCGAUCAUAUGCUGCUAUCAACUGUGACAGAUAAACUGAUUGUGAUCAGCCAUGUUUUGUUUUGAUUAAAUGUUUUGCUUGGUAUUGCAGAUGGAUAAAUAAAAUAAAGUUUCACUGUUUUAAAUACA